AUGUCAGCUACACAAAUACCCAUCCCUGAUUUGAGAUUUGAAUCUUCUUUCUUCAAUUCUUUACAAUCAAAAGCAAAUUCAGAACAUCAAAACAAAUUAUCAAAACAAAAUAUUCAACAGCAAGAACUUGAAAACCCAAAAGGUCCAGUUCCAAUUACACCAGGAAUUAUAAUACAAGUGAUAUUAAAAGAUGUUUUAAUUAUGCCAUUGUUACAAGGUAUCAUAUGGAGUGGGAUUUUGAUUGUUGCUAAACCUUGGUUAAGUUAUGUUGCUAGAAGUGGUAGAGAAUAUGGAGUUCAAUUAUUUCAAAGUUUAGGUUUUAAAUCAAGACAAUUGAAGAGGGUUUAA